AUGGAUGCUGUUAGAUAUCAUUUGAGCCAUUUUAUGGAUUCACGUAAAACACUUUGUGAUCGUUUACGCACGACUGAAGCCAAAAUGGAAAGUUGCCGAGAAGACGGUCAACCUUAUGAUAUGUAUAUUGAAGAAAUGAACAGUCUAACUGAAUGGAUUCAAUGUCAAACACAACAAAUUAGCGACUUACAACAAAAACUUAUGGAUGCUGGUGAAAUAUCGUUGACAGAUGCCUCCGGUUCACCUCAUUCGACUGCUCAAAUACUCUCAUCUCGUUUAUCCCAACUACACAGCAUCCAAGAGGCACGAAUAGCUUUGAAAUAUCUAUUCAGACAAGUUCAUCAAUUGGUAAAUUAA